CUUCUCUCCCCUUCCUCAAAACCCCGUUUAUAUUCUCCCACAAUCCCUAAAACCCAAAAAUAAAAAUCAUAUUUUUAACGUUUUCAUCUCCCACCCACCGCAAGAAUUCGAUCCUAUUUCAAGAUAGAAUCGUACCCUUUCCUGUAUAAAGUGUAGCGUUCCAAACAAAAAAAAAGAAAAAUAUCUUAUUUACGAUGGCCACGGUGGCAAAGUUAAACUUGUCAUCACUAGAGUGCCACCACCGCCGGCCGCCGCCAUUGGGGGGCUGUUUCCGGCGGAGUGUGGGUGUCUUGUAUCCGUUUGGUGUAGAGGGUUGUGGGAGAAUUAGGUUGAAACCGUGCAGGGCUUUUAGAUCAGGGGAGGGAGGUAGUGAAGAAGAGGAAUUUGACAAGAAAUAUUGGUGGGAGUCUCAAAAAGGUCUUGAUAAUUUGGUCAGGGGUUUCAGGUCUGCUGUUUGGAGCUGCUCUAAACCAAGUUUAAGGUCAGAUUAUAAAUUUAGGGAAAGGUUGGAGAAAUUAGAGGAGAAUUUAUUCUUGUUGGCUCUAUAUGUUGGGAGGUAUAUUGUGACUAUGAUGAGCACUGGAGCUAUAUUGUUGGUUGGAUUUCAAUUGUCAGGAGGGGAUAGUCAGAUGAAUGACCUAAUAUGGUAUAGUUGGCUUGGAGGAAUCAUCAUUGGGACUAUGAUUGGGUCCAAUUUGGUUUUGGAGGAAGUCAGUCGGGCUGGUCCCCGGAAUGUUGUAAUAACCGGAAGUACAAGGGGAUUGGGGAAAGCUCUGGCUCGAGAAUUUUUACUUUCUGGAGACCGUGUUGUUGUUACCUCUCGCAGCCCAGAAUCGGUGGACAAAACUAUCAAAGAGCUAGAAGAGAAUCUAAACCAAAUGAUGAACACUACAAUUGGCUCGUCUAAGAGACGUUUGGCUCAUGCGAAAGUGGUGGGAAUUGCUUGUGAUGUCUCUCAACCUGAAGAUGUUAGGAAACUGGGAAAGUUUGCAGCUGAUGAACUUGGUUCCAUUGACAUUUGGGUGAAUAAUGCUGGGACGAACAAAGGAUUCAGGCCUUUGCUGAAUUUCACCGAUAAUGACAUCCAAGAGAUAGUUUCGACAAACCUCAUAGGGUCUAUACUUUGCACUCGAGAAGCCAUGCAGAUCAUGGCAUCUCAGCAUAAAGGGGGUCACGUAUUUAACAUGGAUGGUGCGGGAUCUGGAGGGUCUAGCACUCCUCUGACGGCUGUAUAUGGGUCAACAAAAUGCGGUCUUAGGCAGCUUCAAUCGUCACUUUUCAAGGAGUGCAAGCGAUCAAAAGUUGGAGUGCACACUGCCUCCCCAGGCAUGGUUUUAACGGAUUUGCUGUUGAGUGGAUCGAGUGUUAAAAAUAAGCAGAUGUUUAACAUCAUCUGCGAGCUCCCCGAGACUGUGGCUCGAACUCUAGUACCACGGAUGCGGAUUGUAAAAGGAAGUGGCAAGGCUAUUAACUAUUUGACCCCGCCAAGGAUAUUAAUCGCUUUGGUUAGCGCUUGGCUGAGACGAGGCCGUUGGUUCGAUGACCAGGGAAGAGCUGUGUAUGCUGCAGAGGCGGAUAGGCUUCGAAACUGGGCUGAGAGCCGCACUCGCUUGUCAUUCACCGAUGCCAUGGAGAUGUACACCGAAAACACUUGGGUUUCCGUGUUCUCGCUCUCUGUGGUUUGCGCUUUCAUCAUUCUAUCGAGCACUGGUAGCACAUAUCCUGGCACCUAAACUGCUAACACAUUGGUAUUUUAGCCAAAAGAGAUCGAAACACUAAACCCACGUUAGAACCCUUAGAUUGAUUCCCAGAAACCAUAUAUGAGGCGGGCUACGCCUCCUCAAUCAUUGCUUCCGAUUCAUUCCUGUUUACAUUCUCUGGAUUAAUGGAUGUACCAAAACUUGGAUUCUGUGAAAUGUAAAGAAAUGAAAUGUAUGUAGCUAUAGUAGGAUUGGAUUAUUCAUUUGAAUUGCUAAGAGUUUCUUGUGUAGUUUCA